UAAUGGGGGUUUCUGUACUAUUUAUAAAUUAUGAAACUAUUCAUACCUGUAAAAAUGGACUCCAUUAGAAGCCCAGAAAUUAAGAUGGCCACAGCACGAAUAUCAGAGUCAGUGUUUGUGCGACUGUGUCAUAUAUUUGGGACCUCAAAACUUGUGGCCAUGAGGAGAGAUACGAUGGACAUCAGUGAUAUAGUGAGAAAUCAAGUAAGAAGAAGUGAUGAAAUCAGUUUGAUGGUGAGUGGAAGUUAUAAAGAAGGAUUCAGAUUAGUAACAACAGAUAUAGACGUUAUGACCUGGCUAAACAAUCACCGUGUGGUCUGGGAAUUAUCGCAGUCGAAGUAUUACAAUACAAACAGACAAACAUUGAUCCUUUGUGACUGUUCUGAUUGUCCACCAGGAUUUACUUUGUUAUAUAUACUUUCGUCAGGAAUGGACAAAAUUCUGCAGGAAGCCUGUGUAAGAAUGAAUAACAGACAUUAUAUAUCUAGUUCUAUAUACAGACAUGUCAUGUGUUCUGCAUUAUUACCAAAUUCCUUUCCACAUGGACCCUGUGCCAGUGGAAUUGUUGGAAAAACAGAAUAUGAUUCUGCUUACUGUUUUGCUAGUGACUUUUGGCCUCCAUCUGCCUCCUCGUGGAUAGACAGAUGUCAUUCAUGGCCCAAGCCUCAUAUCGUUGAAGAUAUAGUAAAAAAUGGAUGUCAUUUUGUAGCAAUUGGCCCUAAGCUAGGAAUACAUGAUAACAAUGAAUGGAGAAUUUCUUUCUCUAGAGCAGAAUAUAAACUAGUCUGCGCAAUGACUCACUGUCAAUUCUUAACAUACGGCUUACUUAAAUUGUUUUUAAAAGAAAUAAUUAAUAGUGGAGUAGGUGGGGAUACUAUACUACUGUGUUCCUAUUACAUGAAGACAGCAAUUUUUUGGGUGAUUCAACAAAAUACAUUACAACAUUGGUGUCCACAAAAUCUCCUGGAGUGUUUUUGGGUCUGUUUUAAACUCAUCCUCAAAUGGGUGUAUGAGGGGGUCUGUCCUAACUUUUUCAUUCCAGAUAACAACAUGUUUCUUGGUAGAGUUCAUGGUGAAGCACAACAGAAAAUAUUUUUUAGACUAUAUGACUUUUAUGAGAAGGGGUUUUCAAUCCUGCUACAGAGCCCCUCUAUUAGAUCUUGUCUUAUAUAUAUCCUCCAUAACCCAAGAAUCUCCAUUUGUACAAAUGAACACACUCUGCUUUCUGAGGCUGAGUUUGAUGCAAACCUAUUUAGUGAAAUGCAACACCUUGACAUUGCAAACAAUGUUGACAUACAAAGCUGCAUGAUGUCUCUACAUACAAUAGAACAGAUGAUAGGUUUACUUUCCAUUACACACUAUCAAAUCCUGGUGCUACAACAACGUACAGCCGAAAUCCUUCAAAAAACAGCUUUUAUAUUACACAUGGAAACUUACACACUUAAAAACAAAUUGAAAUAUAGAUCUGACAAAAUGUCCUGUCAAAUGCUGAAACUAUCAGCCAAGUUCGGUUUUAUUUCAGACAUGCUGUACAUAGCCAUGUAUUAUUACAAGACACUUAGAUACAAAGAGGCUUUAUCUAUUAUAGAGAUGAUCAAGGACAAAUUAGCAAAACCAUAUGUGAUGUGUAUGAAUUAUGUAGAUAGAGAAAAGUAUACUGAGGCUGUAGGAGGACAGUCUUGGUUUACAAAGAUGAGACAGGCUGUAGCAUGGAAUAUCAGACUUAACCAUGAAAUCCAUUACAUCGAUGAACUGAUACCAGAACAACAGUUUGCUUUACAGAACAAUAGAUAUACGUUACUUGUUCCUCCAUCUAUACUGUUAGACAUAAUAGAGAACUUGUGCCACAGACAUGUAGACACAGUGAGGGCGCAAACAGCUCUAGAUGAUCUACAGACCCUAAUCACUAUGAUCAGAGACAAAUUAUAGAUUUACCUUUCAGAGAUAUCGACAGAUUCUGGGGAUCUGUCAACACUUGACAGGGAAUCUCCAGACUACACUAUACUUAUAUCAACAAUCUCUCAGACAAGACCCAUUCCACAACAUACUGAGAG